CAGCCUUGAUUGCUCUGGAUGGUAUGCAGUGAAAUCAAUUCCUAAUCAGCCUUUACAGCGUUUGUAUUUUUGCAGUUGUCUGGUUUUAAGAUGAUGUUAUGGAAACCCAGUGAGAGGGACUGUGAAUGGUGUGCGCUCUCCCAUGAGGGCUAAUGGUGUGAGAGUCAUUCAUGCAGCAUGGCUAGGCUCGCUCUGCAGUACACUGCUGCUGCUUAUGCUGCUACUGGCAGGCUCUAUUGAUUGUAUCACUGCUCCCAGCCCAGGAGAGUGCGCACACAUUGCCUGCUCAGCAAACCCUCCAGCUCAAGCAUUUGUUGCCUUUCCCAGAGUCAGCUGCAGACCUACCCAACUGACAUGUAGUGCUCUAGCACUGAUACUGCUCUGCUCUCCCUUUGUAUCCUGAAUUGCCUCCAACUCUGCAGAGGUUCCUGGUGUUCCAUCCAAUCCAGGAUCCAUAGGAGAGGGGUCUGCUGCUACAGAUUCCACUGCUGCUGCUCUGCAUUACUUUAGAGACUGAAAUAUCAAGGAUGACAGAUACUGUGAUUGGAAACAGUUCUAAUCGCUGGAUGUGCCCCAAUGACAAAAUGGCACUUCGUUCCAAUGAACAAACACAGCUUGAUGCUGGAUGGUCAGUACACCCAAAUAAUCAAGAAUGGCAAAGAAAACAUGAAGAACUUACAGAUGAGGAAAAGGAAAUCAUUAACAGAGUUAUAGCCCGUGCGGAAAAAAUGGAAGAAAUGGAGGAAGAACGUAUUGGUCGAUUGGUUGACAAUCUUGAAGAUAUGCGGAAAACGGUGUCUGGUGAUGGGGUGAAUCGUUGUAUCCUCUGUGGGGAACAAUUAGGGCUGCCAGGAGCAAAGUGUGUAGUAUGUGAAGAUUGCAAAAAGAAUGUUUGCACAAAAUGUGGUGUGCAGACCAACAGUCGUCCUCAUUCCAUAUAUCUGUGCAAAAUAUGCAGUGAGCAGCGGGAGGUGUGGAAAAGAUCUGGGGCAUGGUUCUUUAAAGGUUUCCCCAAGCAUGUUCUACCACAGCCAAUGCCAGUGGACAAGUCAAAGACCCAGAAGGCUUCUGCUGUAUCAGAGGAGUCUGGUCCAGAGCCGAAACGCUAUCCUCGCACUCAGAGUCGAGCCCAAAUGGAGCUUGCUGCACAGCCAGACCAAGAACCCUAUGGAAAGGAAUCAACUGCUACCAAUCCAGGAAGAACUAAUUACCCUCCUCCUGCUCGUAAGACAGAGACAAGAAUGGCACCAAGUGGUAAUGAAUAUGAAUAUGAGGGAGAAGAAACCAGAGACAACUCAUACAGUGGUGCAGACAAUGACAUAAACAGAAGUCCAGGAGGUGUGAAACGUGGAAGCUCAGUGCAGGGAACAAGAUCUACUUCUGCAGUCCAAGGAACUAAUAUGCAGCCUACCCAGCAAGCAAGUGGUAGACCAGCAGCAAGGCCAGCUCCGGCACACAGGUUUCCUGAAGAGCAAGGUGGCACUACUAUUCCUGCUUCUCAGCCUGAGUCAACCUACUCCACGUCAGCUUCUCGAAAUGACAAAGUUGAUAAUUUCGCACCACAAGGUAUUAGACAGGACCGUCCCCUUCGACAGACUGCAUCAUACACGGCAUCUGUGCCAACAGCAGCAGUGGUCCCUGCGAGGCAGCCACAAACACAAGAAGAAGAGGAAGAGGAAGCCAAUAGCUACGACUCGGAUGAAGCAACCACGCUUGGAUCUCUGGACUUUAGUCUUUUCUAUGACCAAGAAAAUAAUUCUUUGCAAUGCGGCAUUAUCAAAGCAAAGGGCCUAAAACCUAUGGACUCCAAUGGCUUAGCUGAUCCUUAUGUAAAGCUGCAUCUUUUACCAGGGGCGAGUAAGGCUAACAAAUUACGCACUAAGACACUCAGAAACACUCGUAAUCCUAUAUGGAAUGAGACUCUUGUGUAUCACGGGAUCACUGAUGAAGAACUACAGAGGAAAACGCUAAGAAUCUCUGUCUGUGAUGAGGAUAAGUUUGGCCACAAUGAAUUUAUUGGUGAAACAAGAUUUUCCUUGAAGAAGCUGAAACCAAACCAGAAAAAGAGCUUCAAUGUUUGUCUGGAGCGCGUGAUUCCGAUGAAACGUGCUGGGACUACAGGAUCUGUUCGUGGGAUGGCUCUCUAUGAGGAUGAAAAUGAUCGUGGGGGAGAUGUUGAAGAACGAGGGAAGAUUUUAGUGUCUCUAAUGUACAAUUCCCAGCAAGGGGGUCUGAUUGUUGGAAUUGUACGUUGUGUUCACUUGGCAGCAAUGGAUGCUAAUGGCUACUCUGACCCAUUUGUUAAAUUGUGGCUGAAACCAGACAUGGGCAAGAAGGCAAAAAGCAAGACUCAAAUAAAGAAAAAAACUUUAAAUCCAGAAUUUAAUGAGGAGUUUUUCUAUGAUAUCAAGCACAGCGACUUGGCCAAGAAGCAGCUGGAUAUUUCUGUGUGGGAUUAUGACAUUGGAAAAUCCAAUGAUUACAUUGGUGGAUGUCAGCUGGGCAUCAACGCUAAAGGAGAGAGGUUGAAACACUGGUACGAAUGCUUGAAAAAUAAAGAUAAGAAAAUCGAACGCUGGCAUGUCCUACAGAAUGAAAAUCACGUGGCAAGUGACUAAAGUGCCAUGGAAUUGUAUCACAUUCAUUUUCUGUACCAGUUCAUUGUAAACUUUUUAAUGUCUUGUCUUCCAAAGUCUUCACAAUUGAACCUGUAGUAUUAGCUAUGGAAACAAAACGACUACUAGAUGCUCUUAGACUCUUCUAUAAUAACAUGGGGAAAGCAGCAUUUGUGUUUGUCAGUGGGCAGAAUGCUGACUAAAAUGAUUCCUCAAUGAUUCUUGUGCUUGUUGCCAUAUUGCCGGUUUGAGAACCUGUCGUUUAGAGAACAAAUGGUUUACGUUAUCUUAUAUAAAUAAAAGCUUUUACUGACGUCGUUCCAUAAAAGAAAAACCUAUUUCUUAGCUUGAUAAUAGACAGCCUAGAAGGAAGAAAUGUGUACAUGUAGCUUUUAUAAAAGAAAUACUUUGUUGAGGCACAAAGUCUUUUUGUACAGUAUUAUACAGUUUGUAUUGAUAUGCCAAACAGGUGAAUAGUUGUCUUAGAGAUAGCUCAUCCAACAGGGGCCAUUUGAAUUCCUGUUCAGUCUUAUUGGCUCUUUAUAUGACAUGUAUGAGCACAAAACUUUGUGAUAUGUAACCUAAAAUAUUUAGUGGUCUCUCUUUGUAGCUUGUAGUUAAACUGAAGCUCAUGCCGCCAGGCAGAUACCCAAUAAAUUAACAGGGGAUAGCAUUUUGCUGUAGCUUGAAGCUUAUAUUUCAGGUAUAUACAAAUGCUGUCUUUUUUCUUUUUUGCCAGAUGUAUACAUUUACCGACAGUUACUAGUUUAAAAUGUCCAACAUUACUGCUUUCUUAAUGAGCUAUACAUGGCUGCAUUCUGGACAGAUAAACCGAAAAGAGAACACAAUGAAUCUUUCUAUAGACCAGGAAUUUCUGGUACUUAAAAUACAAGGAAAGGUGGAUUCAGUGAGGGAAGGGGGGUUAUUAUGUGAUUUUAGUUGUUUACUUCAGACCCCUGACUAUCUUUUUGCUUCUAAAAAUGCAGGGUUGGGCAGGGUACUGUACCCUCUGUACCUUGUCACCGUAUGAUUUCAGUGGCCCGGCAUCCUCUGAGUUUGUAUAUGUAUAGUAGAGAAAUUGAUGAAGAAUAUCUGUACAGAGCUUGUGCUCACCAAGACUGGCAUAGAGGAUGCCGCAGUUUGGGCUUAAUCUAUAGUUAUGCCACAGGGUCUGUAAGUGAAUGACUAGACUCAGCGGUAGGGUACCUAACAACUUGGCACUCCAACCCUUUGUUAUGCUUUCAUUGUUCUUUAAAAUACCCCAGUGUCUUAAAUCUGGCAUUCCCUAAUCUCCCAGUCCUCAUGCUAACUGGUCUGCUGGGCAGGAGUUA